AUGCCGGUGACAGUGACCCUGGCCGGCCCGGCCCCUUGGGGCUUCCGCAUCACCGGGGGAAGAGACUUUGGGAAGCCCAUCACCGUCUCCAAGGUGACGGAGCACGGGAAGGCGGCCGCCGGCGACCUCCGGCCGGGGGAUGUCAUCGUCGCCAUCAAUGGCGAGAGCGCUGCCGAGAUGCUCAACGUGGAGGCACAGAAUAAGAUCAAGCAGAGCCCUGGGCAGCUCCGGCUGCAGGUGGAGAGGUCCCCUGUGCCACCUCCCAGCCACGCCAACGGGGACGCCUCAUCGGAGAGGCUGGCCACACGCUUCCAGGACACGCUGCGGAUGCAGGAAGAGAGCCAGGGUGCACGGAGAGCCUCCUACUCCAGCCCGGCAUCCCUCAGCCCCCUGCCUGGCACCGGCAGCUCGCAGCCCCUGGAGCAGGAGUUCGCCUGUCCCAGCCUCCGCCAGGAGCGAGGAAGCCUGAGCCGCCAGAACAGCUCCCCGGGGUCUGUCCUGCCUCCACCCCACUGCCCACCCUCGCCGGGGCUCGGGGCCCUCCCAAACCCCUGGGAGACGUGCAGAGAGCGGCGCCGCUCUUCGCCCUCUCCCAGCUCCUGCAACAGCCUGGGCUCAGAGCCGGCCAUGCGGCGCUUGGAAGAGGAUUCGGAGGUCUACAAGAUGCUGCAGGAGAACCGGGAGCUGCGGGCAGCCCCGCGGCAGUCCAGCACCUUCCGCCUGCUGCAGGAGGCUCUGGAGGACGAAGGUGGAGCCGGCCCCGCAGCCCCCUUCCCCAGCCGGCUCUCACCCAGCGCCCGCAAGCCCGUGGCCGGCGUCCAGAAGCUGCACGUCUGCGAGAAGUGCGGCAGCACCAUCGCGACGCAGGCAGUGCGGAUCCAAGACGGCCGCUACCGGCACCCGUCCUGCUACGCCUGCGCCGACUGCAGCCUCAACCUGAAGAUGCGGGGCCACUUUUGGGUGGGCGACGAGCUCUACUGCGAGAAGCACGCCCGUCUGCGCUACCAGGGUGCCCAGGGGGGGCCCGCCACCCCUCCUGUCUCCCCCCACUCCUGAGCCCCAGGCGCCGGCAUGGUGCGAUGGGGAGCUCACCGCCUGCAUCCCUCUGUGUCCCGGGGAGCAGCGCGCACCUCAUCCCCCCCGGGACGCCCCGCCAGCCCCACUGCUUUGGUAGGGUCGGGG